AAUUCCCGUAGCCCUAAAAAUGUUCUCCAUAGCACAGCCCACGAAUUAUUUGAGAAAAGGAUGUUGGGCAGCAUUAAGAUUUUUAAGAGCUCCCUCCAUCAUCCUCGGGAUCAGUUUCUUGGCCACAAUCUUCGACGAGUUCAUCUCCAACACCCAGAUAACGCUGUCGCUGAACAUUUCGGAUGUGUCAGUCCUGACAUGUAUUUGCAUACUCAUGUACCUGUCCAAGCUCAGGAAUGACGACACAAUGAUCUUACUGGGACUGUCGUGUAUCGGGAUAUAUAUGCAUUUGAAGAAUUUCAUUUAUGUGAUAAGACUGGCGAAAGCAAUACACGGAUUAAAUAUUUUAGCGUUCGUGUGUCUGAUGGUGAGAAUCAUUAGCUGUGCCACAGGUGUUUUUAUGAUAUGGUAUAUGCUGCAGAUACUCGGGGAAGUAUGCAACACCAGUGAUAAUGUACGUUUAUUUUGAAUAUCCUUCUAAAAACGCAAUCUAAUUACGCAGCGUUAGUGUGCCAUGAAAUUUGAUCUACGUUAAAAUUAUUUUGUUUUUUUAUACUUCAAUAUUACCAUAGUGACCGUCACAAAUAUGUAAAUGUAUUAAAUGCGAACGAAGUAAAAUUUUUCCCGGUUAAAAUACUCCCGAAAAUGGGCACCCUAACAGCAGUAACUGCCCAAUUGAGUGACUUCCUGGUCAAAAAAUGCACCAGCUUCUACGGAUUCGUGGAGAAUCGCACAUCGAUAUUGCACAUGGUGUUCUUGUGGACCAUAGGCACUCUGUUUGACGUCACCCAGACCGAUUACGCCCAAAAUCCUGGUAAAGUAACUGUGACACUCAAAUUUGUCGAUUUGAUUGUGAUGUUGGUGUGUUGUUUGUGCCUGAUUCGUGCCAUCAUCAGAAAAACUCGACUGAUGGCACUACCAUGGUUGGCUUUCAUGGUAUAUAACUUAUACUACAUCGACUAUGAUUACUUAGUAAAGAUCGGUAUGGCCAUCCAGGACAUUGAAGGAUUCAACAUAUUUCCCUGGAUAUGCCUGAUUUUAAGAACCGUCGGUUGCAUUACCAGAAUUUUUAUGGUCGCAUGUGUGGUGGAACUAUUUAUUGAAAUACAGGAAAUGAACAAAUUAGAAGAACAACUACAGUAGAAUCGUUUAUCAGCAAAGAAUGUCAAACAUGGAAGUUUCAGAAGACGCGUGCUCAUUUGAGAGGGGUAUUUUCCGGCCGUAUAUACAUUAUCAAAAUUGUAGUUUGUCAAUAAUCAGAAUUUAAACAUUUGAAAUUUUAAUAAAUUGUACGUGAAACUUUAA